CCCCCCCAUUCCCCCCCAACCCCCCAUUUCCCCCCAACCCCCCCCAUUCCCCCCAUUUCCCCCAUUUCCCCCCCACCCCCCCAUUCCCCCCACCCCCCCCAUUCCCCCCAUCCCCCCCAUUCCCCCCCCAUU